AUGAUGGGUGGUGGGGUCGCGGCACGGUAUCCAGUGCAAAUAUGCUUCGGUCUGGAAGAGUCCCAGACCUGUCACGCAUCUGUCUUGUUUCUGCAUGAACUAGAUCUGGACUGCACACAAAAGCGUCAUUACACUUUUAGGGGCCUUCCUUUAGGUUAUAUUGAGUCCAUGAGAAGAAGCACCAGAACGAUCAGUGGAAAUGUGGUGCUGAAUGAAAAUCAGCUCAAAGAAAAAUGAUCCGGCAUGCAAGAGGGGUGGCAGAAGUUUCUAUUUUGGGGAAUUAUGUAUUUCUUACGCAGGGCCGCGGGGGGCGCAGGCACUGGAAUUCGGGUUCUUUGACUGGGGACAUUCGUGGCGGUAUGUCGUUCCAAUUUAGCCUAGGGAGGACUCUAUAAUUGUGUGGCAGGAUAAUUGUUUGCUGGCUGAAGAUUGGGCUCUCCUGCGUUCCAAAGCGGGCCCCUUUGGCGCCGUCGGUGAGGGCUUCGGAGAGCCCAAGCAGGCCGCUCACUCUUAUCUAAAAAGCGCAAUUUCGAAAAUGUUUGAAAUGAGUUUGAAGUUGGUUUGAAAUGGAAUUAGGCCCCGAGCCCGUUUGAUAUAACACCUCACGAUGACGACGAUGUCCAUCAGAAGUGCGGAAGUCAGUACGUACGAUGGCUACAACACCAGACGCGCACCAUCAGAAGUGCGGAACUGGCGGCAGUGCUUGCGCUGCGCCAUCAGAAGUGUGGAUGAAGAUGAACUUGCGCGACCGUCAUUGCACCAUCUUCAAAUCAAAUUCAAAUCAAAUCCCCAUAGUACACAAAUGAAAGAGUGAAUGAAUCAU